AUGACCCCCAUCAACCUUUCGUUCACUCCAAGCACCACCCCGACUCCCAGACCUACCACAGAAAUUCAAAAGCCCACGCCAGCGCAAAUCCAAGAAUACAUCGAAUUUCACACUCGGCAAGUGGCCUUCCUUCAACAAGUACAACAAGCCCAUGCUCAGCCAACGACCGUAGCCAUGUCCCAAGGCAACAUUACCACCCCACCAUACAUACCGACCGCACCACCCCAUCCACAAGAAUUUUACCAAGGUCAGACAACACCCGAGGAAACAAACCACGAGAAGAAUCCACGUGAACAAAACCCAAAGGAAGGACAAGGAAUACUAGCCGGACACAAAGCCCCGGAAGGACCGAAGAAAAAGCCCAAACGAGUCGAAAUCGAGGAAAGCGUGCACAGCUCGGGAGCCGAGUCACCAAAGAAAAAGAAGCUGGAGCAAGAAAUUACCGAAAGGGUUAGAACCGAAAUGGAAAAAUUCAGGAGAAAAGAGCCGAGAAACACAAGCUUCUUAAACAUCGGAAACCCGCUGUCUACCGAGAUACGGGAGGAAAAUUUCCUUUUAAACUACAAAACACCGCAGUUAGACGACUACAAUGGAACAGGGGAUCCGGUCACAAACUUGAGCUGUUUCCAAGUAGUCAUGAUGGUACAAAGUUUGUCUGAAGCCGCCGUCUGCAAGCUUUUUCCAACAACCCUAAAUGGACCGGCGGCAAUCUGGUAUCAAAGUCUGAAAGAAGGUUCUAUUCGUAGUUUUGACGAGCUAGCAAAAGCUUUCCGAACUCAUUUUGCACCGAGCAUACAACGAAAGAAAAAGUCCAGCGACCUAAAAUUCUGCUACCAGAAACCGGGAGAAAGUUUACAGAGCUACAUUGCCAGAUUCAAUGCCGAGGCUGUCGAAGUAGGAAACUUGAACGACGAUACCGUGAUAGAUGCAAUGAAGGACAACACGACGAUGAUGGCCUUCAGGGAUAACCUGAUAACGAAUCCGGUGCAAACUUAUUCCUAG